CAUGUUUUCUUUGGUAUGGUAUAAGCUCUGCAUUGUGCAAGAAAGUUAAAAGGUUGAUUUUCACUAUUUUAACUACAGGUUGUCCUUAUUUAAACUGUUUUUUCAAAACAAAAACCUGAAAAUAGUAUUGAACUAAAGCUCACGAAAAUGGACUUGAGUGUUGGCAUUAACAAUAGUCCUGAAAAAAUGGUUGCUCCAUCUAUAACUCAAGAAAAAAGCUAAAGAAAGUCUACUGGUUACUGGUUAAUCGUUUUUUAUUGCUGUUAAUUAAAAUCAUUGGCAAAAUGUUUUCUUGGCUAAAUCAUUUUGUAGAAAAAGAAAAAACUCAUAGAAAAACUUUUAUCGACAUGAGUAACCGACUGUCGCCGAUACUUAGUGAUAAAUUUAAACCAGUUGUUUCUCUUGAUUCAAGCUUAUCUGAAGCUAUUAGUUUAGAAUAUGUCCAAAAACCUGGCUGGUACUUGACUUGUAAAAAUCGGGUUUGUUAUAUUGAAAAAAAGAAAAACACAAGAAAUUACGAACGUCAAAGUUCAUUUUAUCCUCUCCAUAAUUUAUGGUUUGACGGGUUCACAGCGUUUGAAUCAACAAUAAAAGCAGGCUUCUAUUUAAGACUGAGUAAAUUUAAUAAGUUUUUCUUGGACAAGUAUGAUUGUAGCGAAACCUUUAAACAAGAAGCAAGCUUUUGUGUACAAAAGUAUUCAGUGGUUCUUGAAGAGAAAAACACAAGACGCAAGAUAGGAAUAUCGUCAGAUCAGUACAAUAAAGGCAUCAUAGCAUCAGGACCAGUGACUGAUGGUAAAUCGAUUUUAAACUCCACUAUUCGAGAUGAAAAAAUUGGUUUUCUAGAAAAUGACGAAAAAAAUGAAAACUUAACAUAACAAAAAUCAAUAAAUAAAAAUGAACAACAUAUAUAUAUAUUUUUUUUAUCGAAGUUUAAAAAUAAUUACAGUAAAAAGAUAUAUAAAUAUUAAAUAUUAAAAAAAAAAAAGAUAUAUAAAUAGAUAUUUACAUGGCCGUUGUUUAAAAGAGACAGUUUUAUUACUAACCCCAUAAUUUAUCUUGUAUUUAUAUUUCACAACGUUGAUAUAAACUUGUAAUUAAUAUUAACGUCGGAAAAAGA